UUGUCUCAGGUUCUCUACAAACUCAGACAGACGUCACUGCCAAGGUGGCCACAUUUUUGAGGUUUCCUCCCCCACGAGGGCUAGGUUUUUUGCAGCCUCUAGUAACUUAUUCAUUAAUCACACCCUGCCCAAAUACCACUAAUGCUUCCCCCUCCCUUCCCCACCAGCCUCCUACCUUCAUCAACCACUCUGUUUGCACAGAAGGUUAAAGGGAGGAAGAAUUUUAAGUGAAAGAAAUUUACAGAAGGACAAAAAUCAGGCAACCUAAAUUCUCCCCCCUCCCCAUUCCCAGUCCAUUUCAUUUCCAGUAUUUUGUGUAUGGCGUCUGGGGAAUCCAAAGCACAUGGCUUUGGGUUUGUAUCUGUUUGUCUGUAGUGGGGCCUGCACAACUCCUUGUAAAUUAGGUGUAAAUUAUCUAAUAGUGGACUCUUUGGUAGGGCUUUUAGGGUAUUAAAAGACCUCUGAUUAAAAGACCUCUGGCACCUGACCGAGGUCAGCUGACUCAGGAUCAUGGGGCUCAGGCUGAGGGGCUAAAAAUCUCUGUGUAGACAUUCGGGUUUGGGCUGGUGCCCGAGCCAAACAUCAACCCAGCAACUUUUCAUCCCCAGAGCAUGAGCCUGGUGAUCUGGACUCAGUUGACCUGGGGCACCUGUGGGCUUUUUUAUCUCUGUGUAGACAUACCCUUAUAGGGCUGGUUUGAAAAAAAGUAGUAAGCAUUUUUGGGGGGAAAAAAACAACCAACCAAAAGCUUUUGAAUGAAUCAGUAUAAAAACUGUGUUGGACAAGCUUGAAUUUUGGUUUCAUUUGAAAUUUCUUCCAGGGUUUGGACAAAACUUGUUUCAGUUUUUGUUUCAUACUGAAAACAUUCACUUUGGUUUGUGCGUGAAUGGUCAUUUCAUUCACGAAGCUCUCUCCGCACCCCCUUCAGCUCCAGAUAAAGGGCUCUGCACAGCCAAACCUGAGCUGUCCUAGCAAUCGGUCGUCAUAAGGAAACGAGACGUGUGUUAGCUCAAGACACAAGGAGGGAGAAGUUUGCUGCUUCCCUGCUCUCUGGAAGGGGAGCACUUGCUCCCGCUGGGAUGAGUUUAACCUACUUUCUGCCUCCAAGACAGCACCAGCUCGGGGGACAGAGAGGAGAGCCUGUACUGCAUACACCACUAAUGAGAUACAGUUCGCUUCCCGCUGCCGGGACCGAUCGCUCCUGCCCGACCUCCCUUGGCUCCCCCAAAUAAACCAGUUGUGCGACAGGUCCAUUGCAUCAUGCUUGAUCCCAGGGGUUCUCAAACUGGGGGUUGUGAUCCUUCAGGGGGGUUAGAUGGGGGUCAACUCCCCCUGAGCGCCCAUUAAAUUAAAUUAACCCCCCAUUUUUAAUUGAUACGGGAGGCGGGGGGGGGUCACACUUAGAGGCUUGCUGUGUGAACCAAUACAAAAAGUUUGAAAAUCACUUCUAGUCGAUCCCUUCCGCAGUGUGUUGGCUGUGAUCCCAGCUGUGCUCUUCCCCCAGACGGAUUUACACCGCUUUGGUCCUGUAUCUUGCAGUCCCUGGCAGAGACAAGGCGGGCGAGGUAAUAUCUUUGAUUGGACCAACUUCUGUUCCGUCAGCGAGACAAACUUGGGAACUGUCACCAGGAAGCUGCAGUUCUGAACCAUGACUCAACUCCACAAAGCCUGUUUACAGGAAGGGAAACUCCCCUUUCUCGUUCAAGGGUCAACACAUUUCAGGGAACAGGGAAGUGAAAUUAAACUGCUCUUCUGCCUGGGAUGAGCCAUGGCUGCUGCUGCAAAGGCAAGGCAAAGCCUCCAGGAUGAAGCUUCUUGUUCCAUCUGCCUGGAGUAUUUUAAUGAUCCGGUGACUAUAGACUGUGGGCACAAUUUCUGCCGAGCCUGCAUCACCCAGUGCUGGGAGGGCUCGGAUAAAGACUUCUCCUGCCCUCAGUGCAGAACGACCUUUCCCCAGAGAAACCUCAGGCCAAACAGGCAGCUGGCCAACAUGGUAGAAAUAGCCAAGCAGCUACAUUUGCAAUCAACAAAAGAUGCCGGAGCCGGGAGAGCGUGUGAGAAACACCAGGAGGCUCUGAAACUCUUCUGUCGAGAGGAUCAGUCCCCCAUCUGCGUGGUGUGUGACAGGUCCAAGGAGCACAGGGCUCACACGGUGGUUCCUGCAGAGGAGGCCGCCCAGGAGUACAAGGGACAAAUUAGGAGUCGUUUGGAGAUGUUGAAGAAGGAGAUGGAGGGCAUUGCUGCACUGAAAUUGAAUGGGGAAAUAACAAGCCAGGAGCUGCUGCAACAGACGGAGAGCGAGAGGAUGAAGAUUCUGUCGGAAUUUGAGAAACUCCAUCUGUUUCUAGAGGAGAAAGAAUUGCUCCUUUUGGCCCAGCUGGAAGUGCUGGACAAGGAGAUAUUGAAGGGGCAGGAUGAAUUCACCACCAGGCUCACGCAGGAGAAAACUCGUCUCGGGACCCUGAUCAGUGAGAUGGAGGGGAAGUGCCGGCAGCCACCAAGUGAAUUCCUGCAGGACAUCCGAAGCACCUUGAGCAGAUACGAGACAGGGAAGUUUCAGAGUCCACCAUCCCUUCCUCUGGAACUGAAAAGGAGAGUCAAGGAAUUCUCUCAGAAGCACACACUUCUGGAGCACGCUCUGAGUAAAUUUAAAGAGUCUCUGUCUGAACCAAAGCUGGACAAAGCACACGUGACCCUGGAUCCAGACACGGCUCAUCCUCAUCUCAUCCUGUCUGAGGAUGGGACAAGCGUGAGAUGGGGACCUGCACGGCAGGACGUGCCCGACAACUUCAGAAGAUUUGAUCCUGUUCCCUGUGUGCUGGGCUGUGAGGGGUUCACCGCGGGGAGACAUUGGUGGGAGGUGGAGGUGGACGGGAGCAGCUGGGCCGUGGGGGUGGCCAGAGAGUCUGUGAGGAGAAAGGGAGGGGUCAGCCUGGAGCCAGAGGAGGGGAUCUGGGCUGUGGGGCAGCUGAACCCAAUUCAGUAUGUGGCUCUCACUUCUCCUUGGACAAGCCUGCCACUGGAUAGGAGACCCAGGAAGGUCAGGGUCGCCCUGGACUGCAAAAGGCGGCAGGUGGCAUUUUUCAAUGCUGAGAACAACACUCAGAUCUUCACUUUCACUGAAGUCGCUUUUGCUGGGAGAAUCUUCCCGUUCUGCUGGGUGGCAGACGAAAGCUCCCAGGUCAAAAUGUGUCACUGAGCCGUGAGAUCAAGUACCCCUCCCCGCCACCCCCCGGGGCCUGGAUCUGGCAUCUCCCUAAAAUCUCAGCACAGCCAGCUGGUGAAAUUCUGGUCUGUCCGACCCAGCUUCUAACACUCGCUUCACAGCAGUAUCUGACUGCCCACGCCACCUCUUACUGGAGCCCAGAGAGAGCGCAGUUUCUCUAAUGUCUGCAGACAGUUCAUAGCGCAGACAGAUCAUGACCCCCUAUACUGCAGCAUACAGGGGUCAGAAUGAGGGGACAAAUCCCUCCCUGGAUGAGUGGGAGAGGAUCUUUUCUAAGAGGAGAGAGAUCAGAGGGAUUAGAGGUGGGGGAAACAAAGAGUAACUGGAGAGGAUGUUUAUAGAAGGAAAUAUGAGAGGAAAAUGUACAGGAGAAAAAGGGAUGAGGAAGAAUAUAAACUCUUUGGAGCAGGGACUGUCUUUCGCUGUAUGUCCGUGCAGCGCCCUGCACAACGGGGCCCUGAUCUAAGCUGGGGCAGGGACUGUCUCUCGCUGGGUGUCUGUGCAACACGGGGCACAACGGGGCCCUGAUCUCAGUUGGGGUUAUCCUAAUACAUGUAAUAGGCAAUGAUAGCUACACAAGAAACAUUGAGAAUCAUUCAGAGGAUUCAUAGACUUGGGGUAGGAUUUUCAGAAGUGCCUAAAUCCCAUUUUCAAAGGAGAUGAGUGACUCUUGAGAACCCAGGACUCAAUGGAAGUCGACGGGACUCUGGCUUUGAAGUCACUUCGGUGCUUUUGAAAAUAUUAGGUACCAUUCUAAACACCCAUCCCAUUGCUACAUCAGCAGUGAUUUAAGUGGGGGGUCUGUGCAGGCCCAUGGCACCACCCAUGUAGAUUGUGGGUGUUGCAGGAUGGGAGCCUUGCUUGGCUUCAGAAGGUGGAAAUCGCCAAAGGAUUGUCCCAUGUUCCCUGGUUAGGUGAGAUCAAACGGCAGCUUUCUCUGUUGUCCUUGCUGCUCACGCAAAUGUUCAGCGUUCAAAGCCAACUUGUGUUUAUUUUAGGAUUCGCAUUUACCUAAGUAAGAAUAAAAUCCAUAUUUUUAAAUACCCUUAUUUUCUAUUGUGCCUCCUCUCCCCCUAUCUAUAUUAUUGAGCAUUUGUGGGGAGGAAACAUAAAUAUAGUUCACCAGAGGGGACUGUGACGUGAACACCAAUGGGGAACACAGCAAACUCAGCAAGGAUUGGUGGGUGGAGUAUGUGGCAGCGGGGGGGGGGUGGGUGGUUUCUGAGCAAAAGUUUGACUUUUCAUCCAAAAACGAAGUUUCAGCAGCUGAAAAGCCCCUGAACAUUUGGUUUUCCACUGAACAUUUUCAGCUUCAAUUGAACGUAUUCAGGGGGUUGGUUUCCCAAUAAACAACUGAAAAUUUCCGAGGAGAGCAGACCCUUUUUGUCAAGAAUGUUAUUUAGAAGAAAAUCCAAAUGUGCCACGGAGGGGAAAAAAGUUUUGAGAGCAGUUUUGUGCCCUGCCCUAUUGACAAAAUUGAUUAGUAGAUUUUAGAGGCUGAAGGAACCAUUAGAUCGUGUUGUCUGCAUUACACAGGCCAGAGAAUUUACCCCCUGGGUCCUACACCCGGCUAAGUUUCACAAGGCCCGACAAAUACAAGUGCUCAGCUUUCACCGUCCCCCAUUUCCAGCUCCACUUUCUCCCUCAGGUCCUUGCUUCUCCCCCAUUCCCAAACUCCACUCCCCCACCCAAGUCCCUUCUUCACACAGUCCCCUCACCACCAUGCCCCACACUCCAUGGUACAGCCAGUCCCAGUUCACUUCCCCCGGUUGCACCCAGGUGCCUCAUCAGAUGUCACCCCUCCCUCCUUCCCCUCACCGCCUUCCCCUUGCCCCAUGGUUCCCAGUUGCUGGCCAGAGUGGGGGUGAUGGGCCCGGCUGGGGAAGGGGCAGGGCUGGUCAGAAGAUGGGGUGAGGGAUCCAGCUGUUGGGGACCAGGCUAACACAGGGGUGAAGGGCCUGGCUCCCUGGGACUCCUGGCUGACUGACAUGGGGGCAAAGGGUCUGGUGGGAGGGUGGCUGGCUGGAGUUUAAGUGAAGCAGCUGGCUUUGGGGGGGGGCUGCUGAGAGGCUGGCAGGAAUGGGGAGGAUAGGAUGAUUAAGACUGGAAUUUUCCAAGGCCUCUAAGGAGGCUAGGCCACGGGAGGCAGGCGGCCAACUCCCCUAAGCGACUCUGACAAUUCCAGUCUGACCAGAGCUGGGGAGAGGGGACAGUCCCAGCGGGCUGAGGUGAGGGUGCGAAGGAUUGGAAAUUUAAAUAAUAUUUCAUUGAACAAUGUCCAUGCCUCAGUUUCCCCUAUGUAGUGAAGAGUUAACGAGGUGGUGGGGGAAAGGGUGUUUUCUUUGCAGAAAGAUCCAGGUGGGGCUGACCACUACCUGACUGGGGCUAGGCCCAGACAAUGGGCCAGCGAUUUGUUAACUGGCAACUGAAAUGAAACCUCCAGCUGCAGUGUAAACAUACCCUUGGGAUCUGAUUCAUAAAUCAGAGACGACCCUGUGCCUGCCAAUAGUGGGGAGGAGGGGUGGAGUGAGGGGACAGAGUGAGGGCAGUUGGCUUCUGUGGUAUUACUGAGCAUGCUCAUUCUGUGUGAACAUGCUCAGUACAAGCCAAGAAGUAAAUCUGGGGGCGGGCAGUUGACCCCUCAUUCCCCCCUCCAUGCAUUGCCUCUGUCCCUUGUGGAUCUUCAUUAAUGUCAGAGGAGUUACAGCGGUGGCUCUCAACCUUUCCCGACGACUGUACCCAUUUCAGGAGGCUGAUUUGUCUUGCCUACCCCCAAGUUUCACCUCACUUAAAAGCAACUUGCUUACAAAAUCAGACACAAAAAUACAAAAGUGUCACAGUCUCACUAUUACUGAAAAAUUGCUGCCUUUUUCAUUUUUACCAUAUAUUUAUAAAAUAAAGCAAUUGGAAUAUAAAUAUGGUACUGACAUUUCAGUGUACGGUCUACAGAGCAGUAUAAACAAGUCAUUGUCUGCAUGAAAUUUUAGUUUGUCCUGACUUCGCUAGUGCUUUUUAUGGAACCUGACUUCGCUAGUGCUUUUUAUGGAACCUGUUGUAAAACUAGGCAAAUAGCUAGAUGAGUUGAUGUACCCCCUGGAAGACCUCCGCGUCCUCCCAGAGAUACGCGUACCCCUGCUUGAGAACCACUGAGUUACAGCAAAGGAAGAUUUGGCUUUUCAGAUCCACUUUUCAUUCGUUUCUCUGCUGGCUCUGGCUCUGGCCCGCUGACAAAAUUACACGUUGCAGCCUAAAGAAAACCCUGAAGCAAACACCAAAAUAACACGCACAAACAAGCUUGCGGGGAAAGAAACAUCCAGUUGCUGGAUAAGACUCAAGCCAUGUCUGUGAUGAGGAGAUUGCAGCUGAUCUUCUCUCUUUUACACAGUAGGAGCGGUGGCUUCUGAGAAUCCAGCCGAACCUCUCCAAUAGGAGGCCGCUUGCACUAUCCUUGUGACUUGCUUAUAAGGUCCAGUGUUCAC